CGGGCGAUGGUGCCGCGGUGCCGGCGGAUCUGGGCGGCGGAGCGGAGGGCAUGAAGGAGGAUGGAAGCGGAGGACGAGGUGUCCCUCCGGGAGCAGCAUUUCCACAGCCAAGUGCGGGAGUCCACGAUAUGCUUUCUUCUGUUUGCUGUUCUCUACAUUGUUUCAUACUUCAUCAUCACAAGGUACAAGAGGAAAUCAGAUGAACAGGAAGAUGAAGAUGCCAUAGUCAACAGAAUUUCGCUGUUUUUGAGCACCUUCACGUUAGCGGUUUCAGCUGGUGCAGUUUUGCUUCUUCCUUUCUCAAUAAUCAGCAAUGAAAUCCUCCUUUCUUUUCCACAAAACUACUAUAUCCAGUGGUUAAAUGGCUCCUUGAUUCAUGGUUUGUGGAAUCUUGCUUCUCUCUUUUCCAACCUUUGUUUGUUUGUGUUGAUGCCUUUUGCCUUUUUCUUUCUGGAAUCAGAGGGUUUUGCUGGGCUGAAGAAGGGAAUCAGAGCACGAAUUUUGGAAACCGUUGUUAUGUUGAUUCUUCUUGCACUGCUUAUUCUUGGAAUAGUAUGGGUAGCGUCUGCUCUCAUUGACAAUGAUGCUGCCAGUAUGGAAUCUUUAUAUGAUCUCUGGGAAUUCUACCUACCUUAUUUAUAUUCCUGUAUAUCAUUAAUGGGAUGUUUAUUACUUCUUUUGUGCACACCAGUUGGGCUUUCACGAAUGUUUACAGUCAUGGGUCAGCUGUUGGUGAAACCAACGAUUCUUGAAGACCUGGAUGAGCAAAUUUAUAUUAUUACACUUGAGGAAGAAGCACUUCAGAGGAGACUAAAUGGGUUAUCUUCAUCAGUGGAAUAUAAUACAAUGGAACUGGAAAAAGAACUUGACAAUGUGAAAGCAAUGAAGUCAAAAUUAGAGAGACGAAAAAAAGCUUCAGCAUGGGAACGGAAUUUGGUGUAUCCUGCUGUGAUGGUCCUUCUUCUUAUCGAAACAUCCAUUUCAGUCCUGCUGGUUGCCUGCAACAUUCUUUGCCUCUUGGUUGAUGAAACUGCAAUGCCAAAGGGAUCGAGGGCUUUUCGGAGACUGCUGAGAACCGAAGUGAAACUUGCAUUCCUUUGGAGAGCUUUUCUCCUUGAUUCUCACAGUUACCUUAUGGUGUCCUCCGUCGUCGGCUUCUACAGCCUCCGCUUUUUUGGGAGCUUUACUCCCAGGAAGGAUGACACAACUAUGACAAAGAUAAUUGGAAAUUGUGUUUCAAUCUUGGUCUUGAGUUCUGCACUACCUGUAAUGUCAAGAACCUUGGGAAUUACUAGGUUUGAUCUUCUUGGAGAUUUUGGAAGAUUUAACUGGCUGGGGAAUUUCUACAUUGUAUUAUCCUACAAUCUGCUGUUUGCCAUUGUGACCACUUUGUGUCUGGUCAGAAAGUUCACCUCGGCUGUACGAGAAGAACUCUUCAAGGCCUUAGGUCUUCACAAACUUCAACUCUCAAACAAUGCAAGAGACUCAGAAACAACCAAACCUUCUGCAAAUGGGCAUCAGAAAUCACUGUGAGAGACACAAUCAAUAAUCUUUUACAGUCAGAAGAACUGAAAAUUCCGACCUCAUGACAUUCCUGUCACUAUCAUCAGAAUAUUUUUUGUACUAAUUUUUGGUUCCUGUUUUGAACUCCAGCUUGUAAAUGUCAUUUUGCACACUGUACUUGUGAGAACCUGGUUACUUCAGAUUCUACUUUUUCUAGUCUGACUUUUUGAUCUACUCUGUACUUACAUGUUAAUACAGAUUCCUUGAAGACUGGAACCUGAGAAGAACAUGCGAUUCCUUUUCUGCAGACAGAGUAUGUUACAUCAAUAGAAGUAACAUCCUCAUUACCAUAUUUAGGAAAAUUCUGUCUUUGCCUAAUGUGAAAAUGUACCAAAAAACAGGUUUUGAGAUAUUUAACAGAUUCAUUUAAAGUCCAUCACAAACUGGACCAAAAGUUAUAUAAACAUUAGUAGAAGGUGUUCUUGAAAGUAAGUGAAGAUCUCACCCAAAAUGCAGUUUUUAAAUGCUUGUGAAUAUUAUUGUAAUGUAAACUACAUUAGAACUAGUGAUUAGCAUUCCAGAGUAAUAUUUGGAAAUGACUUUUUAAAGUUUCCUCUAGGUUUAGUUUUAAAUAAUAGGAGCUUUAGCUUCUGGUAAUUGUUACAGACGAUGUGGAUCAGCUGAUGAGCCCAAGGGACAAAUAUUAACUUCCUUCUUUAACCUGAGCCUCGUGUGUUUGGUAGAGAGCCACAGAAAUGUCUUAUGUUUCGCAUUAGAGAAAGCUAUGGUAAAGUAUUAUGUAGUCACAUUUGCUCUAUAAAAUUGUGUCUAUUCUAGUCAACAUUACCUCCUAUAACAGUGGCCAGUGUGGGAAUCCCACUUGUAAUUUUGAUUUUACCUUAUGGCCUCCAAGUACCCUUGGUUUUCUUGGCCUUUAGGUAAGGUAAAAUCAUUUCCCUGUUCUUAUGUGGCCUGACAACUGAUCAAAAUAUAAGUACUUGGUGAAAUAAGCCACCUAUAUCACUUUUUUAGUCCUUAAGUUAUUGUUUCAUAUACUAAUAACUUAAAUGUCAGGCUUAAAAAAUUUUAAAUCUUGCAUCCACAAUCCAUGCAGAAACAGACUUGACAGAAGAAAAGUUUUGCAGUGCAGUGUGAUCUAAGUAAUGAUUUUUUAAAUUAUCUAUUUCUAUCAGAUGAUUUUGCUGACUCUAAUGCCACUGAUUAAAAAAUAGAAAAUCCUAUUCAACAUUAUCAUAUGUGGGUAAAAUGCCCAGAGUUCUGCAUGUAAAAUGUAUAAUAUGGAUACAUUUGCACACAAUUCAUAUAUAUGCAAUUUAUAUAUACAGACAUGCACUAUGUGUAUGGGAAUAGAUUGUCUGUGUUCAGACAUGCUUACUAAAAUGUUUGUUUUUCACAUUGCUGAACUUAAGGAAGUGUGUGAGUGUGAGUGGUUAUGUCUGUGUGUGUCUGUGUC